AUGUUUAAACACCAAGGAUGUAGAGUGAAAUGUUUAAACACACAAGGAUGUAGAGUGGAAUGUUUAAACACACAAGGAUGUAGAGUGAAAUGUUUAAACACACAAGGAUGUAGAGUAGAAUGUUUAAACCCACAAGGAUGUAGAGUGGAAUGUUUAAACACACAAGGAUGUAGAGUGAAAUGUUUAAACACACAAGGAUGUAGAGUGGAAGGUUUAAACACACAAGGAUGUAGAGUAGAAUGUUUAAACCCACAAGGAUGUAGAGUGGAAUGUUUAAACACACAAGGAUGUAGAGUGAAAUGUUUAAACACACAAGGAUGUAGAGUGGAAGGUUUAAACACACAAGGGUGUAGAUUGGAAUGUUUAUACACACAAGAAUGUAGAGUGGAAGGUUUAAACACACAAGGAUGUAGAGUAAAAUGUUUAAACACACAAGGGUGUAGAGUGGAAUGUUUAAACACACAAGGAUGCAGAGUGUAA